UUCCGAUUGUGCUGCGCGCAGGCGCGCCGCGCUCUCCUCCCCCCUCCUCAGCGCCAGGAGCGUGCGAGGGGCUCGCGGCGCGCGGUGCACGCCGGGACGGCAGCGCGCUGCGGCCAGGAGGAGGCGGAGGAGGCAAGAUGGACGCGGGCUUCUUCCGCGGAACAAGUGCAGAACAGGACAAUCGCUUCAGCAACAAACAGAAGAAACUGUUGAAGCAGUUGAAAUUUGCAGAAUGCUUAGAAAAGAAGGUGGACAUGAGCAAAGUAAAUCUGGAAGUAAUCAAACCAUGGAUAACAAAACGAGUAACAGAAAUCCUUGGAUUUGAAGAUGAUGUAGUAAUUGAAUUUAUAUUCAACCAGUUGGAAGUGAAGAAUCCAGAUUCCAAAAUGAUGCAAAUCAACCUGACUGGUUUUUUGAAUGGGAAAAAUGCUAGGGAGUUCAUGGGAGAACUGUGGCCACUGCUGUUAAGUGCACAGGAAAACAUUGCUGGUAUUCCAACUGCAUUUCUGGAAUUGAAGAAAGAAGAAAUUAAACAGCGACAGAUAGAGCAAGAGAAACUGGCUUCUAUGAAGAAACAAGAUGAAGACAAGGAGAAGAGGGACAAGGAAGACAAAGACAACAGAGAAAAGAGAGACAGAUCCAGGAGUCCAAGAAGACGCAAAUCACGGUCUCCUUCCCCUAGAAGGAGGUCAUCACCUGUCAGAAGAGAGCGGAAACGCAGCCAUUCUCGCUCCCCUCAUCACAGAACCAAGAGCCGUAGUGCUACUCCUGCACCAGAAAAGAAGGAGGCAACUCCUGAGCCAGAACCCUCUGUGAAACCAAAGGAGACUGUUGUUCAAGAGGCAACUUCAAACAGUGAUAUCCCAAAAGCUCCUAAAUCUGAACCUCCUGUGCCAGAGACUAAGGAAACUUCACCAGAACGUAAUUCAAAGAAGGAGAGAGAGAAGGAGAAGGAGAAGACUCGUCAAAGAUCCCCAACUCGGUCCAAGUCAAGGUCAAGGUCUCGAUCCCGUUCUCCAUCUCAUUCUCGGCCAAGAAGGCGUCAUAGAUCACGGUCAAGGUCUUACUCUCCUAGAAGGCGACCAAGCCCAAGACGACGACCAUCUCCGAGGAGGAGGAGUCCUCCAAGGCGAAUGCCUCCCCCACCCAGACACAGAAGAAGCAGAUCGCCUGUGAGGCGGAGAAGACGGUCAUCAGCAUCUUUAUCUGGUAGUAGCUCCUCUUCCUCCUCCUCACGUUCCCGAUCACCACCAAAGAAACCACCUAAAAGAACUGUAUCCAGUCCUCCUCGUAAAACGCGUAGGAUGUCUCCUUCUGCAAGCCCUCCUAGGCGGAGGCACAGACCAUCUCCACCAGCAAGUCCACCUCCAAAACCACGUAGAUCUCCAACACCUCAGCAGUCAAAUCGUUCAAGAAAAAGCCGUGGCUCUGUUUCACCUGGCAGAGCAUCAGCACCCAAACAUAAGAGUACUGAAAAAAGAGAAUCUCCUUCACCAGCACCAAAACCAAGGAAAGCUGAGCUGUCUGAAUCGGAAGAAGAUAAAGGUGGUAAAAUGGCUGCAGCAGAUUCUGUGCAACAGAGGCGUCAAUACAGAAGGCAAAAUCAACAGUCUUCAUCUGAUUCUGGCUCCUCAUCUUCGUCUGAAGAGGAAAGACCUAAAAGAUCCAAUGUGAAGAAUGGGGAAGUUGGUAGACGCCGACGCCAUUCACAUUCACGCAGUCCAUCACCAUCUCCACGAAAACGACAGAAGGAAUCCUCCCCUCGUAGGAGGAGGAGAAGUCCAUCACCCCCACCAGCCAGGCGACGGCGCUCUCCUUCGCCUGCCCCUCCUCCUAGGCGGCGACGGUCACCUUCAUUGCCUCGGCGAAGGUCUCCGUCACCACCCCCACGUAGACGCUCACCUUCUCCACGGAGAUACUCUCCACCAAUACAGAGACGAUACUCUCCUUCUCCACCUCCUAAGAGAAGAACAGCUUCUCCUCCUCCCCCUAAACGACGAGCAUCACCGUCUCCACAGUCAAAACGCAGAGUCUCCCAUUCACCACCGCCAAAACAAAGGAGCUCUCCAGCUGCUAAAAGGCGUUCACCUUCAAUAUCUUCCAAGCACAGGAAGGGUUCUCCUCCCAGUAGGUCUAAUCGCGAAGCACGUUCUCCACCACAAAACAAAAGGCAUUCACCUUCACCAAGGCCUAGAGCUUCUCAUACCUCUGCAAGCCCACCACCACUGCGAAGGGGAGCUUCAGCUUCACCGCAGAGAAGACAGUCUCCAUCUCCAAGCACUAGACCCAUCAGGAGGGUGUCAAGAACGCCAGAACCUAAGAAGACAAAGGCUUCCACACCAAGUCCACGAUCUGCAAGACGGGUGUCUUCAUCGCGGUCUGCAUCAGGAUCACCUGAACCAGCUCCAAAAAAACAUCAAGGACCUCCAUCUCCUGCUCGAUCUCGUUCCCCUUCUGCAAACUGGUCACCUGCAAAAAAGGCUAAAAGUCCAACUCAGAGCCCAUCACCUGCAAGGAAUUCAGAUCAAGAAGGGGGUGGAAAGAAGAAGAAGAAAAAGAAGGAUAAGAAGCAUAAAAAGGAUAAGAAGCACAAGAAACACAAAAAACAUAAGAAGGAAAAGGCGGCAGCAGCUACAGCAGCUGCUGCUGUGGCUGCAGCAGAUACCACCUCAGCACAGGAAGAACAGGAAGCAGAGACAGAACCCAAAAAGGAGACAGAAAGUGAACCAGAAGACAACCUCGAUGACCUAGAAAAACACCUGAGAGAGAAAGCACUGAGGUCAAUGAGGAAGGCGCAAGUGUCACCACCAUCUUAGGCUGAAUCCUUUGAUAUAAUGUACAUUUUAUUUGGUUUGUACUCAGAAUUCAAUUUCAAAUUGCUAAAUGUGUUUGAGCUUUAGAAUAUAACAUUUGUUGUAAUAAUUGCUAGGUUGAGGUUCACCAUGUACAAAGGGCAUGGAUUUACAUUACAAAAGGUGUCCACAGUGUACUAGUGACAUUCUUUCAUUGACAGUCAACAUAAUUUCAUUUAGAGUGAGACUUCUUAGAAGCAGUAGGAAUUUGUUUUGAAGGUUUUAAACAUGACCGUCAAUUCCAUAGUUUCUUUGAAAUUCAGCAAAGCCUUUAGAAUAAUUUGUGAGGGUCUCAUUUGACUUCUUUUGUAUCCACUUACAUUAUGCUACUAACCUUUGUGGUUUGUAAGCUUGCCCAGAAAUAAAACCACUGCAGAUUUACCAAGGAAGUACAUAUAUUUUAAUGCUUUCUACUGUUGCCUGUACAGUCUCCAUUAAAGUAAAUCAAGAAUAGCAAUUUAGAGUGGUACAUAAAUGAAAGCAUGUUGUUUACCAGGACACUGUGGGUUUAUAUUGAUGUAACAUGUUGAUUUGGAACACUGGAAUUUCAUUUGUAUUUUUAUGUUCUUUUUUUAAAGGGCAGUUUCCAUGAUCAGCAGUCCCAGAAAAAUUCCUUCAGUUACAUAAAUUUUGUUUGUGAGAUGUUGUUGCCCCAUUCAUAAAUCUUGUCUCGUUGCGGUUCUUCUGAAUGGUAUAAGCAACUUUCAGAGAUGUGGUCUUUGAAAGUUUGAGGAACCUAAACUUUGGAUAUUGUCAUGUUUUCACUGUUUUUUGUUUUUGUUUUUUUAACUAAAGCUAUAUAAAGCUUGUGGAUUAAACAAAAUAAAUUUCUAAAUUUAAACAGAUGUUGGCUAUUUUUAUAUGAACACUUACAUUUGCUAAUCAGCUUUCUUUUGUACAGGUUUAACAAAUACACAGAUUAAAAAAAAAAACAUUUGAUGCAGUAUGUUGGCUUUUGAAAAAUCAGGACCUUCAUUUUUAACUGUCCUAUAGAUAGCAGAAAUAGCCCUUUGUUAAUUCAGCGGUGCUCCUAAUGUGUCUAGAUUGUUUUACUCUUGUUUUGCAAGAACAUCAGUCUUACCUGGUCAGCACUCUGUUAGGAUGGUAAUGUCAAAAAAACAAGCGCACACAAAAAAAAAAAAGUUUGCCAGUGAAAACUGCUUGUCAUAGUAAGUAGAAUGUUUCAAAGUAUUGCAAAAAAAUCAUGACUCUUAAAUGUCAAGUUUGCAUAAAUUUAGUUAAUUUUGUUCAUGUAAUCACUGGUUUGAAUGAUCAUCUAAAGAAUUCUGGUUGCUCACUGUCUUGUAUAGUCAUAUUUGAAACUUGGUAGAUUGCUGCUGUAAAAUCUCUAAAAAUUCAAGCUCUGGUUCUGAUAGCAAGCCAAUCUUGGAGUCUAGGGCUCCUCUGGAAGGAGGACUGAAACAUACGAGCUUUUGAAAAUUUUGUUCUAUGUCUGAAGUAGAUGUGGUGUGCACAAUUAAGUGUAGAUAUUUGAUUAGUCUUCUUACUUGACAUUGUGUAGGGUUUUAAAAUAAAACUGGUAUUAUGUAGGUACCAGAUGCAACUUUUAAAGAUAACCCUUGCUUCUUUCUUCAUUUCCUUAUAUGCUGAAGCUUUUUUGUUUCUUAGCCUAGUAUACAUUGAAUGCUAAAGUGCUUGUAAACUUAGUACAUCAACGCUCCAGUGUUGAGUGUCAUCUGUUAUUAUAUGUCUAUAAUAAAUUCCAAGAACUUUCUGGACAAACACAUUUUG